CCCGCCCGGCCAUCGCCAACCACCCUAUAGACUGGCACAUACGCCCGUUGCCACUCCUCCCGCCUUCAGGGGACGACCCUGCAUAUUCAUUCGAGCACGUGGAGCGUCAGGGGUAUGGUGGUGAUGAGGAAAUUGGCGCAGCAAUUUGGGGGGAGGGUGGAGAAAUUGGGUUGCCUGAUGUGACGGGUGGUCAUCGCCAAUUGGAGCUUAUGCAAGUUUCAGGCUUGUUGGAGGGUGUGGUGAGAGGAGUGGAUUUUGAUGACGGUGAGGAGGAUAUAGAGUUUGUUAGAGCUUAAAAGGUGGUAUAUGAUGCGGGUUUCUAUAUUACAUAUUUGUAGUGAUAAGGGUCUGGUUUGUAGAAGGACAUUUAAAACUUAUCGUGGCUCUUGCAAAGAGGGACUCUAGAACGAGUGUUUGGGAGGCUGGCUCAGAUCUAUUAUUAUCUGACGUG